AUGUUACAUUAAAAAAACUCAGAUAAACAUAAAAAAUAGAAAUACAUACUUAACUCACCUAAAUUAUCUGCUGGAAUGUUUUCUAAUUAACAUUCUGUCAUAUCUCAAUUGAUUUCUAAUAAAAUCAAAGGAAAUUAACAAUAAUAAAAUAUAUCAAGGACCACGUGUGAAUUUAGAGCUCCAACUCCUAUCUCUCCUCCAAAAUCUGGAUCUUUUUCUAAUAAAUUUAAUUAUAAUAGCCUUUCUUAACUUUCAAGAGUUAAUAGCAAUUGCAAUCUAGAUAAUAUUCAGUAGGAUUAAAAUAAAUAAGAUGAGACUAAUGUUGAAUAAGGGGAUGUCAGUAUUAGAUUAAGAAAUAAUGAAGAAGAUGUAAUCUAAAAAGUGUAAAAGAAUCUCAAGUUAAUAGGAGAAUAAAUUAAUAAAAAAAAAUGUAGUUAAAUUAAUUCAUUUCUAUUGCUUUCAUGGUAAAAACAAUUAAAUCAAAAUUGUGAAAAACUAAUUAAAGCACUUUCUUUAUAAUUGAAUUCUUCUUAAAAUUUUUAUAAACCAUCUUUACAUUGUGAAUCUGUUAUCUAAUUAUAAAGACAAUUAAAUGAAGAAAAGAAAAAUAGACUAUUGGUUGAAGAAUAAACUAGUAAAAUUAUACAGAGUUAAGAAUAAUAAAUUAAAUAAUAUGUAUAUUUAUAUAUAAUGUAGAUUAUAACCAUUCAAAUGCUUGAUCAAGAACUCAACCUUAAAUAAUGA